UGACGGCUAUAGGAGGACCCAGGAGACGUUUCGCCGUUAUUUAUGCGUUUCUCUGUCAGAUCCCCUCAGGUUUUGGGGCACUACAGGUCGAAAAGGUGGGGGGGUGGGGUGAGUAGCGAGAACGGUGCGCGCGCGCGCGGUUACGAACCUGGCUCGAAACCCAGAGACCGCGCGGCCUUUCCGUGCGCGUGCGCAUAUCUCCCUCUUCAACCCUUCCCCCAUUUUCUCGGCCCGGACCCUUGCGCGCGCCCGACUGAAAGCUCGCCUGGCGCACGCGCGCUUCCUCCUUUCUCCGCCUACGGCUCCUGAGACCGCUGGAGGUGCCUGCUUGUGUUCGCUUCUCAUUGGCUGGGAGCGCCACCUUUCUUCCAGGCUUUGGGGCUUUGAUAAAACAACUGUGAUCUGCGGCAAAGUGCGUUGGGAGUUUGAAUAUAGAGUUUAAUUUCUUGGAACAUUUUCUCCAGGAAGAACUUUACAGGAUCUCAAAGACUUCACUUGACUGUUUAAUCCUGCAUAAAACCCAAGGAGAAAAGAAAUGGGUCGCUCCAAUUCUAGAUCACAUUCUUCAAGAUCAAAGUCUAGAUCACAGUCUAGUUCUCGAUCAAGAUCAAGAUCACAUUCUAGAAAGAAGAGAUACAGUUCUAGGUCUCGUUCCAGGACAUACUCAAGAUCUCGUAGUAGAGAUCGUAUUUAUUCUAGAGAUUAUCGCCGAGAUUACAGAAAUAAUAGAGGAAUGAGACGACCUUAUGGGUACAGAGGAAGGGGCAGAGGGUAUUAUCAAGGAGGAGGAGGUAGAUAUCAUCGAGGUGGUUAUAGACCUGUCUGGAAUAGAAGACACUCUAGGAGUCCUAGACGAGGUCGUUCACGUUCCAGGAGUCCAAAAAGAAGAUCCGUUUCUUCUCAAAGAUCCCGAAGCAGAUCUCGCCGGUCAUAUAGAUCUUCUCGGUCUCCAAGAUCAUCCUCUUCUCGUUCUUCAUCCCCAUAUAGCAAAUCUCCUGUCUCUAAAAGACGAGGGUCUCAGGAAAAACAAACCAAAAAAGCUGAAGGGGAGCCCCAAGAAGAGAGUCCUUUGAAAAGUAAAUCACAGGAGGAGCCGAAAGAUACAUUUGAACAUGACCCAUCUGAAUCUAUUGAUGAGUUUAACAAAUCAUCAGCCACAUCUGGUGAUAUUUGGCCUGGCCUUUCAGCUUACGAUAAUAGUCCCAGAUCACCUCAUAGUCCUUCACCGAUUGCUACACCACCUAGUCAGAGUUCAUCUUGCUCUGAUGCCCCCAUGCUCAGUACAGUCCACUCUGCAAAAAACACCCCCUCUCAGCAUUCACAUUCCAUUCAGCAUAGUCCUGAAAGGUCUGGGUCUGGUUCUGUUGGAAAUGGAUCUAGUCGGUACAGUCCUUCUCAGAAUAGUCCAAUUCAUCAUAUCCCUUCACGAAGAAGCCCUGCAAAGACAAUCACACCACAGAAUGCUCCAAGAGAUGAGGCUAGGGGACGUUCUUCAUUUUAUCCUGAUGGUGGAGAUCAGGAAACUGCAAAGACAGGAAAGUUCUUAAAAAGGUUCACAGAUGAAGAGUCUAGAGUAUUCCUGCUUGAUAGGGGUAAUACCAGGGAUAAAGAGGCUCCAAAGGAGAAAGGAUCAGAGAAAGGGAGGGCAGAGGGAGAAUGGGAAGAUCAGGAAGCCCUAGAUUACUUUAGUGAUAAAGAGUCUGGAAAACAAAAGUUUAAUGAUUCAGAAGGGGAUGACACAGAGGAGACAGAGGAUUAUAGACAGUUCAGGAAGUCAGUCCUUGCAGAUCAGGGUAAAAAUUUUACUACUACAUCUCAUCGGAAUACUGAGGAGGAAGGACCCAAGUACAAGUCCAAAGUUUCACUGAAAGGCAAUAGAGAAAGUGAUGGAUUUAGAGAAGAAAAAAACUAUAAACUUAAAGAGACUGGCUACGUAGUGGAAAGGCCUAGCACUGCAAAGGAUAAGCACAAGGAAGACGACAAAAGUUCUGAGAGAAUAACAGUAAAGAAAGAAACUCAGUCACCUGAGCAGGUAAAGUCUGAAAAGCUCAAAGACCUCUUUGAUUACAGUCCCCCUCUACACAAGAACCUGGAUGCACGAGAAAAGUCCACCUUCAGAGAGGAGAGCCCACUUAGGAUCAAAAUGAUAGCCAGUGAUUCUCAUCGUCCUGAAGUCAAACUCAAAAUGGCACCUGUUCCUCUUGAUGAUUCUAACAGACCUGCUUCCUUGACUAAAGACAGGCUACUUGCUAGUACCCUUGUCCAUUCUGUCAAGAAGGAACAAGAAUUCCGAUCCAUCUUUGACCACAUUAAGUUGCCACAGGCCAGCAAAAGCACUUCAGAGUCUUUUAUUCAACACAUUGUGUCCUUGGUUCAUCAUGUUAAAGAGCAAUACUUCAAAUCAGCUGCAGUGACCCUAAACGAGAGGUUCACUUCGUAUCAAAAAGCCACCGAAGAACAUAGUACCAGGCAAAAGAGCCCUGAGAUACACAGGAGAAUUGACAUCUCUCCAAGUGCCCUGAGGAAGCAUACUCGUUUAGCAGGGGAAGAGAGAGUUUUUAAAGAAGAAAAUCAAAAGGGAGAUAAAAAAUUAAGGUGUGAUUCUGCUGAUCUUCGGCAUGACAUUGAUCGUCGGAGAAAAGAAAGAAGUAAAGAACGGGGGGAUUCCAAGGGCUCCAGGGAAUCCAGUGGAUCAAGAAAGCAGGAAAAAACUCCAAAAGAUUACAAGGAAUACAAAUCUUACAAAGAUGACAGUAAACAUAAAAGUAGAGAGCAAGAUCAUUCUCGAUCUUCAUCCUCUUCAGCAUCACCUUCUUCUCCCAGUUCUCGAGAAGAAAAGGAGAGUAAGAAGGAAAGAGAAGAAGAAUUUAAAACUCACCAUGAACUGAAAGAAUACUCAGGCUUUGGAGGAGUUAGCCGACCACGAGGAACCUUUUUUCGAAUUAGAGGCAGAGGAAGAGCCAGAGGAGUUUUUGCUGGGACAAAUACUGGUCCAAACAACUCAAAUACUACUUUUCAAAAGAGACCGAAGGAAGAGGAAUGGGAUCCAGAAUAUACCCCAAAGAGCAAGAAGUACUUCUUGCAUGAUGACAGAGAUGAUGGUGUGGAUUAUUGGGCCAAAAGAGGAAGAGGUCGUGGUACUUUUCAACGUGGCAGAGGGCGCUUUAACUUCAAAAAAUCAGGUAGCAGUCCAAAAUGGACUCAUGACAAAUACCAAGGGGACGGGAUUGUUGAAGAUGAAGAAGAGACCAUGGAAAAUAAUGAAGAAAAGAAGGACAGACGCAAAGAAGAAAAGGAAUAGUAAAUCUGGAGUGAGAUUGCAACAGAGAGCAGAACUUGCACCCACCAUUUUUUACCUGAUUUUUGUUUUCAAAUAAGAAUGUAAGCAUUUUACUUAAAUUUUACUGUUUGCAAGUAGUCAGUAGAGAUUUUGUUUUAAGUCUUCAAAUAUCUUGAAAAAUAGUAGACUGUAUGUUGAAAAUUGUACUGAAAUAAAGUAGAAAAUUGUUACGUACCAUAUUUGUAACUAUCAACUUUUAAAAAAUACUUUUACUGUUUUUGUUACAUGCAUUGUAAUUCGCUUUGUCUAUAAGAUAUGGUCAAGUACAGCUCUGUGAAAGUUCUGAUUCUCUUCCUUCCCUGUUUGUUAAUGUUUAUUCUGAAGUAAACGUUAGCUCUACAUACAAAUCCCUGAACAGAAGUUGUUUAUAGAGACCACACUAAUUAUUUUAACUGUAUACAUCUGUUUAACAUUCUCCUUAAUUCAAACACACUACAUUGUAGGGUGACUAAUUUUUGAGGUGUACCACAGAAAAGUUUUUACUUUGGUAAACUAAGUUAGUUUAACACGUCAGCAGAUGUUUAAGAGAAAAAAAAAAGCUUUACCAAUAGCUAAAAAGUACAAGCUAUUAAAAGAUCCAAAAGUAUGAGAUUUUUUUGUUUUGUUUUUUAAACUGAAAGCAAGCAGUGGCCUAUAAAAACUAUUCUUAGGAUCCUUUACUUUCUGUGCUCAAAAUUCAAUGUUCUCUUUCUCUUCUUAUUUGAAAGUUUGAGUCAUGGUCUUAGGUAUCAGUUAAUCUUUUUGAGAGAGGAACUGGUCUGUAAUAAUACAAAUAAAAAGUCCAUUCCUACCAAAUGUGUUACCUUAAAAAAGUAAAACAGAACAAAACCUGUAAUCCUGGUCUUGGUAUGGAAGAGGAUUAUCCUGCAGAAUAACUUGAUACAUUAGAAAGAUGUACCUGAUUUCAUAUCUUACAUAUUUAUUUGAGCUUCUGGAUAGCUGAAACAUUAGUCUGUAGUCUAACCGUAAGGAAAAAUAGGCAAACCAAAACAUUGUUCAUUAGUAGUAUUUUAAGUAACUUGUUUUUCAAUAAAAAGUUUUGACAGGAAGUUUGUUGCAGCAUUGGUCUAACUUGGUUUUACUUUUUUCCCUAUUUCAGUUGCAGUUUAUAAAAUGGCUUUUUCUUUUUCUUCCCAAGGGUUCUAUUCUUCAGGUAGAUAAUCUUUCAGAUGUGAAUAACCUGUAUGUUUAUGCUGAUCGCUCUUAAGAUGAAAAUCGGAAAUAGUAAAUUUCAGUGUUAAGUUUGUAUUUUCUGCUCAUUGAUAGUCAAAUUUCAUUUGUUAAUUCAGCAACCAAAUUAUUUGUAUAUGUUUGCAUUAGUAAUGCUUAUUCUGUUAGUGUAAACUUUCAGAGAUCUUAAGUACAUGGAUCUUUCAUCCUCACUUGAUGAUUUGCAGUGCUCCUAGCACCUUGAUUGAAGCCAGGGGUAUUUGCUAAGAAUUGUAAGAGGGAAAAAUACGAGAACAAAACUCAAUAUAUGUGAUGUGUAUGGCCCUGGGAUCUUUAGUAUUGCAUGAUUCUCCUAUUUUGUCUUUUCUGAAAUUGUUACAGAGCAGAGGAAAUACUGUCAAAGCAAGUUUGUAUUGCAUUAAUCAGGACUCAGCUAAUAUUCUCCUAGUCAGAAUGAUACUUAAUUACAUGCUAAAGCAACAUGGAUUUAAUCUUCAACACAGGAGAAUUUUCACAACCAUUUUAUUUUAUACAGAUAAUUUAGCUUUUAUUUUAACAAUUAUUUGGUUAGAUACUGAAUCUCUGUGCAUGACUAUAAAUGUGCAGUUUUGUUUUUCCACUUAAGACAAUAGGAGAACGGGAAUUUACUGAGAAAUUAUUUAAUAGGAAGUGGGAGUUAAGCUCCCUAAGUCCUAUCAGCAAGUUAUACUUUAAGUGCAAAUGCAUUGCUUUAAUCCAAAUAGAUAAAUGAUUUGGUUACUUUUAUUCUAUUAAACAAAAUUGAGGAAAGGAUUAUACCAGAAUUUAGUGGGAAGCGUGAUAGAACUCUGCAGUAGGAUGCCAUUGUGGAUGUUAUCUUUUUCAGAGCCAAGUAUAUGAAAGCCUAUGUUGUGUUUUUUAAAGCCACAACUUAAUUCUACACUUCACAACAUAUCGUAAAGCUGAAUGGUUCCUCUUGGUAAGGAGUUUUGUUAACAAAUGCCAGAAAAAUAAUAACUCUGAUACCUGCAUUAACAGACUUCCUUUGCCUAGAGAAGGAAAAUAAAAGUGAACCAAAGGAUAUUUCCAGAAAGGAUUAAGAAAGCUGUUUAAGAAGGCCAUGACUCAGUCCUAGGUGUGUAUACCUUUCAACAUCUUAGGAAUUUUAAGAUAAAAUAGCAAAAUAUGUUUUUCCAGUUGCAUCCAACUUUAAGGAAUUACUAUUUGUUCCCUUUUGUCGCAGUUAAAAUCAAGUGUUGGGAAUUAAAUUAUAAUUUGAGUAAAAAUAUUACCCAAUACGAAUGAAUGUAGAUGGCUAAACGAUUCUUACUCAGUGUGAUGUAUAUUGCAACAGGGACCCUUGUAAAUUGUCAUAUGCCAAUAAAAUGUCAUAAGUGGUAA